AUGGUCGCGCCCGGGGCGUCGCUCCACGUCUGGGGGUGGCUGCUGCUUGGCUGCUGCCUCCUCGCGGGGGCCCAGAUGGAUUCUGAUGGCAUCAUUACUAUAGAGGAGCAGAUUGUCCUUGUGCUGAAAGCCAAAGUGCAGUGUGAACUCAACAUCACAGCUCAGCUCCAGGAAGGAGAGGGAAAUUGUUUCCCAGAAUGGGAUGGACUGAUUUGUUGGCCCAGAGGAACAGUGGGGAAAAUGUCAGCUGUCCCAUGCCCUCCUUAUAUCUAUGACUUCAAUCAUAAAGGAGUUGCUUUUCGAAACUGUAAUCCCAAUGGAACGUGGGAUUUUAUGCACAGUUUAAAUAAAACAUGGGCUAAUUAUUCAGACUGCCUUCGCUUUCUGCAGCCAGAUAUCAGCAUAGGAAAGCAAGAAUUCUUUGAACGCCUCUAUGUCAUGUACACCAUUGGGUACUCUAUCUCUUUUGGUUCUCUGGCUGUGGCUAUUCUCAUCAUUGGCUAUUUCAGGCGAUUGCAUUGCACUAGGAAUUAUAUCCACAUGCAUUUAUUUGUGUCUUUCAUGCUGAGAGCUGUAAGCAUCUUUGUCAAGGACAGAGUAGCCCAUACUCACCUUGGAGUGAAGGAACUGCAGUCUUUGCUCAUACAGGAUGAACUACAGAACUCCAUAGAAGCGCCUUCUGUGGAUAAGUCACAAUAUAUUGGGUGCAAGAUUGCUGUUGUGAUGUUUAUUUACUUCUUGGCUACAAACUACUAUUGGAUCUUGGUGGAAGGACUCUACCUGCAUAGUCUAAUCUUUAUGGCUUUCUUUUCUGACACCAAAUACCUGUGGGGCUUCACCCUGAUAGGCUGGGGGUUCCCAGCAGUGUUUGUUGCCGUGUGGGCUGUGGCACGAGCAACGAUGGCUGAUGCAAGAUGCUGGGAACUUAGUGCUGGAGACUUCAAGUGGAUUUAUCAAGCUCCCAUCUUAGCAGCUAUAGGGCUGAAUUUUAUUCUGUUUCUGAAUACAGUUAGAGUUCUGGCUACCAAAAUUUGGGAGACCAAUGCAGUUGGGCAUGAUACAAGAAAGCAAUACAGGAAACUUGCCAAAUCCACACUGGUCUUGGUGCUGGUCUUUGGGGUGCAUUAUAUCGUGUUUGUGUGCCUGCCCCACUCCUUCUCUGGGCUUGGAUGGGAAAUCCGGAUGCACUGUGAGCUCUUCUUCAACUCCUUUCAGGGUUUCUUUGUGUCUAUCAUCUACUGCUACUGCAAUGGUGAGGUUCAGUCUGAGAUGAAGAAGUUGUGGAGUCGGUGGCAUCUCUCCAUUGACUGGAAAAAUGCGCCCCCGUGUGGCGGCCACAGGUAUGGCUCCGUGCUCACCACUGUGACCCACAGCACCAGUGUGGUGCUCAUCUCCAGCAAGGCGACCAAGACCGCCAGCCGCCAGCCGGACAGCCACGUGACUCUACCCGGCUAUGUCUGGAGUAACUCGGAGCAGGACUGCCUGCCACACUCCAUCCACGAGGAGAACAGGGAAAGUAACGGGCAGCAGGGAGAGGGUAUUCCAAUGGAGGAGUGCUCCAAGUCAGUGGAAUUUCGCUCAUACUCUGAAGGAAGCAAAGGAGAAACAGAAGUUGUUCUCUGA